CCGGCGCCAGAGGGUGGGGCAGGCGCCGGAAGUGCUGCGGUUGCCGUGACGACGGCGUCGGCCCCGCGGCGCGGGCGAGCCAGGGCGGGCUGGGACCCCCUGGGCCGCGCCGCUCAUGCCGCGGAAAGCGCUGCUCUGCGUCCUGCAGCUGGACGUCCGCUCGGUAACUUGCCCUGGAGUGCUGCUGAAAGUCAAAGAGGAGCUUUAUCUCAGUGUCUCUGUAUUCGGGCAGCGCAAAAAAACUCAAUGUGUCCCGGCAGCGUUUCCACUCUUCUUUCAAGAAAAACUAGUAUUUGAGAAGACAUUUGCUGAUAUAGUUGAUCCUGGAGACCUUGUGGAGUUACUGGAACUUGACACAACACUACUUGAACUAAUACAGCUUGUUCCUCCAGUAGGAAAUGUUCUAGCUACAUAUGAAGAAAAUACAAGAGAUUUCCUGUUUCCUGACCCUAAGCUUACCCGUGGGCACCAUGGUUUUGAUCGUGAGAUUUUAAUGAAGAGGUCCUCUUCUUUUACAGGAAUUGCACCAAAACUGAGAUUUUCUACAAGCUCCCUUAUUACAGAAAGCCUGUUAAGCUCAGGAAGGAGUCACAUACAGGAUGAUUUGAAUUUGGUACAUCACUCAACCCCAAAUGGAAAAUUGCAAACAAAGUUGCCAAAGAAAAAUACUCUUUCACCUGAGAAAAACAGGCACAGCUUAGCAACAAAGAGCUACGAGCAGCCUACAAUAGCUUCUAAAUCACGUUCUCCAUCUCCAUACACAAAAAGACGAAUGUGUGAGCUAUCACAAGACGCCAGGCAACGACUGGCCCAUUUAAAACUUGGUCCUUAUGAAUUCAGAAGAGAUACCGAUAAACCUCCAUUUGUAGUUAGACGGGUUGAACAACCAAGUCCUGGUGCUAAACUUCAUACCUGUUGUCACACACGAGAAAGUGCAGCAGAAGCCUGGAACAAGGUAGACCAUGAUUCUUCUCUUCUUGGCAGCUACAGACCCAGGAAAGCCAAAGCAGAAUCUCCUCAUGGGAAAUACUUUGGCAGCUCUGAUGUUUGCAAUGAGGAUGUGAUCUCAACUCCAGGCAACAGACAGUCCCAUUCUGCUGGUUCAUUAGAGCAUUCAGCAUCUCCAGCACUCCAGAAGCAUUCUCUAAGUUCUGUGCUAAAUCAAUCCUCUCUAAGGGAAAGAUUUACCUCUGGUUGGCCUUUACCAGCAAAUGGAGAGGAGAUCCACACGAGAGUGAAAAAUAUUUUGAGGACACACAGUGCUAGACAGCGCCUAAUUGUGAAGUAAAGACACAUGGUUGUGUGUGGUGGAAUUUCUACCAUCCUGCCUCAGGAUGAGAGUAACUCAUCUAAAGGAGGCUUGACUAAGACGAGAGAAUCUGCGCUUAAAGCACCCUUAUCCAUGAGGGAACAACAGAACGGUUCACCAGUGCAGCAGAGCACUACUGUUCACUUGGAUAAUGGUGAAUAUUGGUCUAAUCGUGCAUCUGUAUACAAAGGGAAGCCUCACAGAGCCAUCUUUGAAGAGAGUCUUGAGAAAAUAUACAGAAACAUGUACCAAAAAGCUGCUGGCACUGCUUCAGACAAAAAAACACACUCCUAAUAACAGUUCACCUGGAAAUGCACAGGAAAGGAGUUUGCUGUUACACAACAGCAUCCCUCUUGGUUCAUAAGAAUUGACCGAUCCUGAGAAUACAGCACAAAAACCCUGUCCUGUGGUCAGGCAUUUAUGUAACCCUGCAGAGCUGAUGCCAUUGACAGAGCUUCACAGAGAGGUGGGGUGGGAAGCUGAAGGCUUUGAGAGUGGUUUGAGAGUGGCUUCUCAUGGCGUGCCACAAGUUAUGCAUUAGUAUACCAUGAAUAAUCAAUGUGUGAAAUAACCUGUGAAACUUUGAAGUAACAAAAGCACUAUUUACAUUGCUGAAUGGGGGUGAAUUCUAAUGCUUAUAUUUGUAUUGUUACACUGACUUGAAUUUUUGAGCGGUUAGCUAAUUGUGUUGUUAACUAUAGUUGUAUGAACUGGUUCAUUCAGAACUCCAGUAGUAAGCAUUUGCUAAGAGGUUGCUUUCCCUGCCCGCCUUGUUUUCACCACAGUCAUCUAGUGUUUACAUACAUUUUAGCCUCUGUGCCAUUUUUGAAGGCUUUAUUUGUCUCAUUUACGUUUUUGGUUUGGAUAAUACUUAAAUAUGAAAUCCAUCUGGGGAACAUAUUGUAUAUUCACGUUGAGGGGUAAAACCAGUUUUUAAUUAAAAUUUUAUACAGCACUUGUA